AUGAGCGGAAACUUCGAAGCCCCGCGGUUGGAGCGGGAAGGAGCUUUCGGAGGAGCAGCGGUGAACGGGCUCCUUGAAGACAGCGAGCAGAUGCGGCCCCCCGCGGUCCCGUCUGAGCUGCGAGGAGAGAAAGGUGAGAGACCACGUUUGAGAAGGAGAGCUGGUGAAGCCGCGGACUCGCGCAUCCCGGGCGUUGUAUUGGCAGUUUUCACCCGCUGUCUGGUGGAAGAAUAUCUAUCUAUCUAUCUAUCUAUCUAUCUAUCUAUCUAUCUAUCUAUCUAUCUAUCUAUCUAUCUAUCUAUCUAUCUAUCUAUCUAUCUAUCUAUCUAUCUAUCUAUCUAUCUAUCUAUCUAUCUGGGUGUAUCUACCUCUACCCAGUCUCCAACUGAAGUCACCGACCAAGAUGGCCAGACUUUACCCCGGGAGCAAGAGGUGUCUGCCGCUGAGGUGGUGCCAGUAGUUUCCCCUCCUAGCUUAAAGGAUGUACAGCAGGCUGUGCAGGAGGCCUCGGAGCAGGUGGAGGGCCGUGGGGCAGAGGAAGUCUUAAAGGAGCUGCUGGAGAGGGUGGUAGAGGCAGCUCUUGGCAAAGCAGAAGGAGGGAGCGAAGAAAAUGGCAUGACAGUAGCUGAGGAGGAUGUACAGGGAGCUCAAGUCGAGGAGAGUGUGGCUGAAGCUGUAGAUGACGUUUUAGAGCAGCCCCUCGAGCAUGGUGAUACAGACAAAGAGGGAGAACCUGUAGGCUCUCAAGAGACAGAGGUAGUAGUAGAAAAUGAUACAUUUGAAAAUGGAGAGGAGAAAGGUGCUGUACAAGGAGAGGGUGACACAGCAGCUGGACUUGUGGAGGAGUCAACUGAAACUGUGGAGACUGAAGUCAGUGAAGAAGAGGGUUUGGAUGUUGUUAAAGAAUUACUAGGUUCUGAAUUCAGUCAGGACGAUACAGAAGGAGAUUCAGAAGAAGCAGAAGGGGAUUUAGAAGUUCAGGAAGAAGGGGAUGAAGGCCAAAAAGAGCAGACUGUGUUGUCAGUAGAAAAAGCUGAAACAACAGCAAUGGUGGAACCGGAAGAAGCUCCUGCUCCUGUGGAGGUAGCUGUGGAUGUGCAGCCAAAACGACAAACCGUGAAAGAGUCUGACCCCAUCCUGAGAGUAGUUGAUGAAGAACAAAUGGGAAAUGACCAAGAACAAGAAGCGGCUCCAAAAGAAGAAACUCCAACCAACGCAAAUCAGACUGAUGCAACAGCACUGCCUUCAAAUGAUCAUGAAAUAAAAGCAACACAGCCCAUUGAAAGAGAACAAGAUGAAGACGAGGAAGGAAUCGAGACAGAGGACACAGAAGGGCCAAUAGAAGGAGAUGGAGAUCAACUUUUUGUCGAAGGAGGAACUCAAGAAGAGGUAGAAGAAGAUGCAGAUUUAACAGGAGAAACUGGAGAUGUAAAGGUUGAUGAUGGCGUGACGAAAAACAAUUCUGAGGUUUUGGUGAAUGAGGGAGGUGGCAAGAAAGUUGGAGAGGAUACAGUGGAGGAUUCGCUUGGCAGUGAUAAAGAGGAUCAAGAGCAGAACCCUGAAAUCCAGCCCCCCACGUCUAAUCCACCCCCGGCUGAGGUAGAGAAUCAAGAAAAUACCCUUGGUCAAGAGAGUUCUGACCAUGGCAAUGAGCCCAUCAUCCCCACUCUUGGCAUUUUGCCACAUGACCCUGCCGUGGCCCUACCGACACGUGACGAUUUGGAGAAUGAUGUUGUGGCUGGACUUGCUCAGACUGAAGGAGAGGAACCAGGGGAGGCCAAUGAGCAGGUGGAAGAUGUACCUGCAGCUAGAGACACUCAUUCCCUGGACCUGCAGCGGACAUGUGAAGAAGGGUGUGUUGAACCAGAGGCGGCCACAGGGGGUGAUUGCAGUGAUGACACUUUGCCUGUGGGCAACACUCAACACAUAUGGAGAGGGGGUCUCCUGGUGGUGGCCUUUUGUGCCAGCCUAUCGCUAGCCCAGUUCCCCCGGGAGUGCGUCACCGUGGCCGGGCUGCAGAGCGGCCAGUGCUGUCCGUCCCCUACCGGGGUGGCGGGGGACGAGUGCGGCGCCAGCACGGGGAGAGGCCAGUGCGUCUCCAUUGCCGCCGACAGCCGUCGGCACGGGCCGCAGUACCCCUACGCCGGGCGUGACGACAGAGAGAGGUGGCCUUUGAGAUAUUUCAACCGCACCUGCCAGUGCAAUGGGAAUUUCACCGGCUACAACUGUGGACGAUGCAGGCAUGGGAUGAGUGGACCGAACUGUGACCAGAGAAUCUCAGUGGUGAGGAGAAAUAUCAUGCAGAUGAGCACAGCUGAGAAGCAAGCUUUUGUGAACGCCUUGGACCAAGCAAAGAGGACUGUUCACCCUGACCUGGUCAUUUGCACGAGAAGGUACCAGGAGGUGUAUGGGCCAGAUGGUAACACCCCCCAGUUUGAGAACAUCACCAUUUACAACUACUUUGUUUGGACGCACUACUACUCAGUCAGCAAGACAUACCUCGGUCCGGGCCAGACGAGCUUUGGAGGCGUGGACUUUUCCCACGAGGGCCCGGGCUUUGUCACCUGGCAUCGUUUCCAUCUGCUGCAGCUGGAAAGAGACAUGCAGGACAUGCUGGGGGAUCCCACCUUUGCCCUGCCCUACUGGAACUUUGCCAUCGGAGGCAGCGACUGUGACAUCUGCACCGACGACCUCCUGGGAGCCAGGAGCUCAUUCGACAUGAACUCCAUCAGCCCCAACUCUGUGUUCUCUCAGUGGAGGGUCAUCUGCGAGAGUGUGGAGGACUACGACUCCUUGGGCACCAUCUGCAACAGUAAUGACAGCUACACAAAUACUCAUUAUUCCUCGCUGCUAAGUCGGCUGGUGCGGCUGGUGUACCACAUCGUCUCAGCUGCAUUAGAAAAAGAGGGCAAGGAGCUCGUAAAGAGAACAUAUUCGGAGAGCAGUCCCAUCAGGAGGAACCCCGCGGGCAACGUGGCGCGGCCCAUGGUGCAGAGGCUGCCGGAGCCUCAGGACGUGCUGGACUGUCUGGAGCUCAACACUUUCGACACUCCUCCGUAUUACUCCACCUCCUCCGAGAGCUUCAGGAACACCAUUGAAGGCUACAGUGCCCCUCAGGGGAUGUAUGACCCCGUCAUCCGCAGCCUCCACAACCUGGCCCACCUCUUUCUCAACGGGACAGGUGGACAGACCCAUCUGUCACCCAACGAUCCCAUCUUUGUCUUGCUGCACACCUUCACCGACGCCGUUUUUGACGAGUGGCUCCGCAGACAUCAACCGGGUGAGAUUGUUUACCCUGAGGAGAACGCCCCAAUUGGACACAACCGAAGGUUCAACAUGGUUCCCUUUUGGCCUCCUGUAACCAAUGCUGAGAUGUUUGUGAGCGCCCCGGACAGCCUUGGGUACUCAUACGAGGUCCAGUGGCCAGCCCGCGCCUUUACCUUGUCUGAGAUCAUAACUGUGGCCGUUGUCAUGGCGGUGGUGGUGGUGGCGGUGCUGGGCGGCGUCAUUGCCUGCGUAGUGCGAGCUCGUUCCAACAGCUCGGCAGAGGCCCUGGAGCCCCUGCUGGGAGAAACUUUCCGGCGUUACUCAGAGGACGACAGGAGGUUGGACAAAUCACAGUCGGUCGUCUGAUUCCACACCUUUCCGAGAGAGGCCUUGACAUUUUCAUGCAUUUGUUUGACCUUUUUUUUUUUUUUUUUAUUCGCCAGUUUCCUCCAAUAAAGUUGAACUGGUUUUAAA